UAACACAAUUUCAGCGCGAAUUCGAUUUCCUAACUGACAUAACACCUUCAACUAUCCAUACUGUCGCCUUCAGCGAAGAACUGUCAGCCUACACGAAUGAGGGUACAGAAAUAGGAUACUAUAAAUGUAGUGUUGAGACUCAUGGCUGUCGUAUAAUUCGCGUAUUCGCAAAAAGUGAAUACACAAGUGGUAAAGUGAACUACAGCACCGAAUUAUCAGCGGAGUUAAAUUUUAAACUCGAAGUCACAAGUGAAAUCUAUAAGGAGACGCAGAAGGUAUAUUCACAUUCAGUGGAUUUUAAACCCUUACAGAGACCUGAUGGUUAUUCAGAGACUGUAUGUUAUGUCAAACAGGAAUUGGACAUGUUUGAAAUUGAGACCACUACGAAGGUUAAUGAUCGUGUAAAUAAGACUACACAAGUUCUGAAGAAGGAGGAGUUGCCAAUGUUUCUCUCACACGGUGCAAGCCUUGUCUUUCAGCGCUUGCUAAUUACCACGAUCAGCGAAAGGAGUACAGAGGUCUGGGGGAUGGAUGAUCUGGGAAAUUUGCGCGAAUUCACAUAUGAAUAUCUGGGUGAAAAAAACACAACUUUCGAUGACUGCCAGCUAUCAGCCUUUGGCAUACAGCUGAGCGUCCCUCUGCCAGAUGGUGCGAAGCGAACAUGGCAGAAAUACUUUACGAUGGAUGGAAAGGUAAGCAGUAAUGAGGCUGAUUUCGCUGCUGAGGCAUGUCUCUCAGAAACCUCAGUGAUAUUUUUCAUAACCAGUUCCGCGGGCCUGCUGACCUCAACUUAUGCUUCCACUUCCAUUGAGGCUUCAGGGUAUCGUCGUUUAUUCGACAUUUUACUGGAACUGAACUGUGCGAGACGGUACACUAUCUAUAAGUCACGAAAACAAACUGUGGAUGUGGACAAGGAGGACGAACUCAAGAGCGAAUAUCACCUAUACUUCCACGAUCAUCCCGAAUUCGUUGACAUGGUGAAGGAUUUCCUGCAGUGUGUCCUUAUAGACAAACCGGAUGAUGUUUUGAACUACGCUGCUGAUUACUUCACCAGUUUCUCUACGAGGCAGCUGAUGCCACCCCGUUACCACCGAUUAUGA